GCCAUUAAAGCUAAAGAUUAUAAGCCGUUAGAGUGACGAGAACUCCACCUGGUAUACAUAAAGUUUUCUGGUGGAACAACGGAACAAGUCAAUCGCGUGCGGUCAGUUGAACGCGUAGGAUCGUUGUGAUGAUUCGAGUGCUCGAAGAGAAUUUGUUUCUUUAGAAUUCAAUUAACUAAAAAAAAAAAAGUAUAUAAUAAAUUAAUUUAAACAAGUGAUAAUUAUUUAUAUUGUUUUUUAAAUUUUUAAUUAAAAACAGUGAAUUUUGCGAUUUUUUGUGUAUUAAAAAUAACAAGAUGAUUUUUAAAUACAAAAAUAUUGAACAAAGAUACAGUGGUCUGAUUUUUGCACUUAUUGAACUUUGUUUUUUGAUAGAACUGAUGAGCCAAAAUAUUUGUGCAUAUCCCCAUCAAAAUUAUCAAAAUAAUACAAAAAUUGAUUCUGAAAAUAAAAAAGGAAGAAGAAUAGAAAGAUAUACUUCAAAUUAUGAAAAUAGUAAUGCAUCAUUUAAAAUUUUGUCAAGAAAUCAAGAAAGAGAAAGAUUAUCAUGGGAAAGCAUGUUAUCAGAUGCACAAAUUGUUUUUCCUGAAGAUCAAAAAAAAAUACCUUCUUGUAGAGGAUCUACUUUUUGCGAAAAAGUAGAUUCUUAUCCUGAAGAUGUUGUAAAUACUGCGAUUCAAAGAAACGAAAGUAUUAAAUAUUUGGCUGCUAUAGAUAUAUUAUCUGAUAUAUCACAGAGGAUCGAUUUCAUGGACGACAGCCCUCUUUGUCAGUCUAAUGAGCGAGUUAUAUUUCCUAAAUCAGCAAUGAACAAAGAUAAUGAAUGGAAAUAUGUUGCGAAUCAAGAAAAUUUUAAACAGGGUAUACGAGUUGAAGUAUAAAACAAGACAGCACAUGUAACGUAAUAGGAAAUCUUCCUUUAGGUUACAAAUCAAUUUGUAAACAAAAAUUCAUUCAAAGAGAACUUUUGUCUGUAUCGUUAAACGGCUCAGUGUCUUUAGACACUUUCCUAUUUCCAUCAAGUUGUUGUUGCUAUGUAACAUUUACUGCAAAUACACGAAUGAUUUGAGAGGCAAAAUUAAGUUAAACCUAUUGUUCGUGAAUCGUCACGUCGAAGGCGCAAAUGAAGUACGCGAUGAAGUACCAUUUUUUAAUGAAGCAAUUAAUAUAAAGUAAUAGGUCCUUGAUAGUCAGUUCUAAUGUAAUUGUUUCGCGAAUAAAAUCAAUUUUUAAAUUUUUUAUGGAUAUCUAAUACUUAAUUAGUUCGUUAAGUAACUUAUAAAAAAAAAAA